UGACACGAGGACAAGCUGAACCAUCGAGAGGGCUAGGAGCUUUUCCCAUCGUCUAAUUCGUGUCGCAACGUGCAUUGGUGGACUUGUUCGUCCUGUUCUAAAAAAACGAUGGCGUCGGGCUGGAGGGGGCGCUCGUGUACCUAGCGGGGCAUGCAUGCUAGCUGAACCACCCAAGUGGGAGCAGCAGAUAGCAACCUCAAGUGCUCAUCAAAAGCUCUCAGCUGAUUACUUUCUCCUAACUUCACUCGUAAGACUUGUUUCUUUCCACUUCAAUUUCUGUAUCUUGGUAGCGAGCGCUUUCCAAGAGCCAUUCUUGUUUUUUCUCUUCCAAACGCGUGUGUCACUUACUCAAAGAGUGGAUAUCGCAUCCCUAAUCCAACUCAACAAUGGCUGUACGCGUCGAUCAACCCGUCUCACCUCCCCGAGUGUCUCUCUGGAGGCGCCUUUCAAAAAGAGACACAAUACCCAAGAUCAUCUCUAGCGAUCUUCUCCGCAAGUCUCCAACCACGGAAGGAAUGGAUACCAGCAAACCGACCAAGCUCCGCAGAAGGGAAGCUCGGGUCUACAAAGAUGCACCAGACGCCUCACCCGCCCGCAAGGCCUCACUCCAAUUACCAAUAUCCACCAAAACUACUUCAUCACCACCUCUAUCGUCUCCAAUUUCUCCAGCCUCGCCUUCUUCACCUAACAUCGAGAAGCGGCCACAAAUCCCGACUCCCCAAAAACCCACCACGGAACCCCUCCCCCUACAACCCGAAACGAAACAACCCCCAAAGCCCCAAAAGAAGGAAAAAGUCUCCAUCCUCCAAGUCCAACGCAUCCACGUCCCCGAAGCAAGAAUGAAACCCCGCGUAGUAUCCCUCCACCGUGUCCUCCCCAACGAAAUCCCCACCUCCCCCUUCCCGGACUCUCUCCAAGUCCGCACAGUGAGCUGGAACGUCUUCCUGCGCCCCGAGCAAGUCUACAAUCUCGUCAUGGGGUACUCCCCCGACAACACCGACGACAAAUGGUUCGUGUACUCGCAGGGCCCCGACAAGACUGGGAAACUCAAGGUCCAUUUCCACCGUCGCUGGACGGGCAUGAAGAUUGCGGAGCUCUUUGUCGUUGUGGAUCUGAAGGGGGAAGGUGCGGGGACGAUUGUCGGGGUCAAGUGGAAUGGGAGUGCGCAGACGAAUUUGAUGGAUGAGGACGAGGCAAAGUAUAUGGUUUCGACUACUUGUUCGUGGGUGCUUGGGGUUGACCUUGAGAAUGGGCUGUUUCCGGCUAUGCAGUUUGAGUGAGGUGGAUGGGAAUGGCCGUGAAGGUUCGGUGCCCUUUGGUUGUUUGGUGCGGCAUUCUGUGUGGAGUUUAGGUUCCUUCUGAUUCUGUUUCCAUCCUUUUUUGUCACUUUUCUCUUUAGCAUGUUUUCUUUUUUUAUUCGUCUUUACAUAUGAUAUGCUUUUUAUUUUUAUCUGGCUCUGCUCAGGCUCUGCUCUUCUUCUAGUCUAUCAUUCAUCAGCAAGCCAUUCCUUACUCUUUAGCGUCUCUGUAUCUCCAGCGCUUCCUGUCCCUCCUUUUCAAUACCACCAUCAGUGUCUUUCUCAUUCAUGUACAUACACAUCCACACCACUCAUUUGUUUCACAGCAAGGUUGAAUGCUCCUCAAAAGCUCAUCACGACAGCGUCAUUGUUCAACUUACUUCUCUAUACAUACUCUUUAUCUUUCUAUUCUUCUCUUUUCCCCACGCUCUUUUCGCAGUAUAACUUG